CAGCCGCGUAUCAUUCGCCUUUGGAGGGCCGUAGACGCAUCAUCGGUCCGUCAGUCAAGUGCGUGUCAUCGACGCAACUUUGUUGUCUCGCGAAUAAAUCAAGCUGCUGCUUGUUAAAAUAAAUCAUCAUGUCAAUGCCGAACAGCGAUCACGAGAAGAGGAAGCAGAUUUCGGUGCGCGGGAUCGUUGACGUCGAGAAUGUUGGGAAUUUUAAAAAGACCUUCAACAGGCACCUUCACUACACCCUGGUGAAGGAUCGUAACGUCGCCACGACCCGCGAUUACUUCUUCGCUUUAGCCCACAGUGUCAAGGACAAUCUCGUUUCGCGAUGGAUUCGCACCCAGCAACAUUAUUACGAGAAAGAUCCCAAGAGGGUGUAUUAUUUGUCCUUGGAAUAUUAUAUGGGAAGAUCGCUGCAAAAUACAAUGAUUAAUUUAGGUAUUCAAGGAGCAUGCGAUGAGGCAAUGUAUCAGAUGGGUUUGGAUAUAGAGGAAUUAGAAGAGCUCGAAGAAGAUGCUGGCCUCGGUAACGGAGGAUUAGGUCGUCUAGCUGCUUGCUUUUUGGACAGCAUGGCCACGUUAGGUUUAGCCGCUUACGGAUAUGGAAUACGUUACGAAUAUGGCAUAUUUGCGCAGAAAAUUAAGAAUGGCGAGCAGGUAGAGGAGCCGGACGACUGGCUCCGAUAUGGCAAUCCCUGGGAGAAAGCUCGACCAGAAUUUAUGUUACCAGUGAAUUUUUACGGUUACGUAAUUGACGAUGCCGAGGGUAAAAAAUGGGUGAAUACUCAGGUCGUUUUUGCUAUGCCUUAUGACAGUCCAAUUCCCGGUUAUAAAAAUAAUGUUGUUAAUACACUGAGACUAUGGUCCGCAAAAUCACCUGUAGAAUUUAAUUUAAAAUUCUUUAAUGAUGGUGACUACAUACAAGCUGUGAUCGAUCGUAAUCUGGCAGAAAAUAUAUCCAGAGUCCUUUAUCCCAACGACAAUUUCUUCGAGGGCAAAGAGCUCAGAUUAAAACAAGAAUACUUUAUGGUAGCUGCUACUCUACAAGAUAUUAUUCGAAGAUAUAAAUCUAGCAAAUUUGGCUCGAGAGAGCAUCAUAGAACCGACUUCAAUAGUUUCCCUGAUAAAGUGGCGAUUCAACUCAACGACACGCAUCCUUCCCUAGCUAUUCCCGAGUUGAUGAGGAUCCUUGUUGAUGUCGAGAAGCUUACUUGGGAUAAGGCUUGGGACAUUACAACGCGUACAUGCGCUUACACAAAUCAUACGGUCCUACCUGAAGCAUUAGAACGAUGGCCCACUAGCAUGUUGGAGAGUAUACUCCCAAGACACUUGCAAAUCAUCUAUCAAAUAAAUCACUUGCAUCUUCAAAACGUCGCGGCCAAGUGGCCCGGCGACAUGAAUCGUAUUCGUCGAAUGUCUUUAAUAGAGGAGGACGGCGAAAAAAGAGUCAAUAUGGCUCAUCUGUCAAUCGUCGGUAGUCAUGCUAUAAAUGGAGUUGCACGUAUUCAUUCGGACAUUCUCAAAAAUAGUGUCUUCCGAGAUUUUUACGAAAUGUCACCGGAGAAGUUUCAAAACAAGACGAACGGCAUUACACCGAGGAGAUGGCUAUUACUUUGCAAUCCAAAUCUAUCUGAUAUCAUUGAAGAAAAAAUUGGUAGCGAGUGGACAGUCCAUUUAGAACAGUUGACGCAAUUGAAGGAAUGGGCUAAAGAUCCAGUAUUUCAACGUAGCAUCGUUAAAGUCAAGCAGGAAAACAAACUACGAUUAGCUCAAAUAUUAGAGAAAGAGUAUGGCGUUCGGGUUAAUCCAGCAUCUAUCUUUGAUAUCCAGGUAAAGCGCAUACACGAGUAUAAGCGACAACUGUUGAAUUGUUUGCACGUCAUCACUUUGUACAAUCGAAUAAAAAAAAAUCCAUCCGCGCCAUUUGUCCCAAGAACCGUAAUGAUAGGAGGUAAAGCUGCGCCAGGUUAUCAUUUGGCAAAGAAGAUCAUUAAGCUUAUCUGUAGCGUCGGCAAUGUUAUCAACAACGAUCCAAUCGUCGGCGACAAGCUUAAAUUGAUCUUUCUUGAGAACUAUCGUGUAACCUUGGCCGAAAAAAUCAUACCCGCUGCAGAUUUGAGCGAACAGAUUUCGACCGCUGGCACCGAAGCGUCUGGCACUGGGAACAUGAAGUUUAUGUUGAACGGUGCGUUGACCAUCGGCACCUUGGACGGAGCAAACGUAGAAAUGGCAGAGGAAAUGGGCUCAGAAAAUAUCUUUAUUUUCGGUAUGACGGUAGAUGAAGUGGAAGCCUUACAACGUAAAGGCUACAAUGCUUACGAUUAUUAUAACAAGUUGCCUGAAGCGAAGCAGUGUAUCGAUCAAAUUCAAGGAGGAUUUUUCAGCCCAAAUAAUCCCGACGAAUUUCGAGAUAUUGCUGAUGUGUUACUCAAAUGGGACAGAUUCUUAUCCUUAGCCGAUUACGAGAGCUAUAUCCAAAUGCAAGAUCACGUCAGCAAAGUCUAUCAGGACGAAAGCAAGUGGGUGGAGAUGGCUAUCCAUAACAUUGCAUCGUCUGGGAAAUUCUCAUCUGAUCGUACAAUCGCGGAGUACGCCCGUGAGAUUUGGGGCGUCGAGCCGAACUGGCAGAAACUUCCGGAUCCGCAUGAACCCCGUGAUAUUUAAAUGCGUCGCCAUGACUAAAAUAAAAUAGUUUUUCUUUUUCAUAAGAUGCUCCGAUACAACGUCCGUUUCCUUUCGCGAUUAACAUGUCUUCCUGCCAUAAAUGACAAAACGAACUCUAACUGGCGAUAACUGGCACUGUCCGGAUCCCGUCAAGGUCGUAAUAGGGAUUGUCGCGUGCGAGGAUAUACAUUGUGAUAUAUUAUCUCACAAUGUUCCGUAAAUCUUUAUCUCUACAAGAACAAAGAUUCUUUAAGAUGAAUUCUUGCGGUUGCCUAAAUGUUUUACGAAAUAUCAUUAACGUUUUUUCAUGACGACGAAAUUAGCUGAAACAUGCUAUCGUUAUGCAAUAUAGUAAAAUACUCUACUUUAUUCUAUAACAAAAUAUUAUUUAAUAUUAUAUGUAUAAAAUAAUAUUAAUAUAUUAUAUAUAUUUUUAUAUAUUAUAUAUUAAUAUAUUAAUAAUAUUAAUGUCUUUAUUAUAUUAAUAAUAUUUAUUAAAAUAUUAUUAAUAUUUCAUAAUGAUAAUAUUAAUAUAUAUUAUAUAAUGUUAAUAUUGUAUUAACCCUAAUCCUUGCAACCAUGCCCUUUCGUGUUCCACGCCUUUCUAAUGGUUGUUCGUUCCGGGAAACGGCCAUGGGAUAAUCCCCCACCUCUAAAAAAAGUAAAUUUUUAAAUUUUCUUUACAUUGAUUUUUAGUUGAAGUUAUAAAGAUAUUAUAAUAAUUUUUGGGGAAUUUUUCAAAGCAAUGAACAUACUGAAAAAUGCGUGGGACACGAAAAGGCAUGGUUAGAGAGAUUAAGUUACGGAAAAAACGUUGGAGGGAUUAGGGUUAAUAUAUAUAUUUUUUUUGAAUGUACAGUUGAAAAAAGAAUUAUUAUACGUAAUAUGGUAUUUUAUAUAUAUAAACAUAUAUUACAACAAUCUUAUAUUUUAAAACUGACUAUAUAUAAUAUAUAUUUUAUAUAUAUUGUAUAUAUAGUAAAGUUAACAGGUGUUUAAAUUAUCAUAAAUUGACGUUUACAAAAUUUGAGUUAAAAAUAAAAUGAAUGAGUAAUACAACAUAUGCCGUUUGACCGUUCGAACAGAGUAUCAUUGAAUGAAAAAAGAAGAUAAAAACCCACAAAGAAUAUUAAGCCUUAAGUUUUAAAGACAUUUAAAAGACAUAAGAUGUCAUUAAGAAUAUUUUAAGACGUUAGAUACAUCUGUUAGACACAUUUGUUAUCCGGGGAAACGAAGAAAAGGAGAGAUAGUCAUAAAAGACAUCAAUUAUCUUACUCUUUUAUUACUAUCUCUUGUCUUAUCUAAUACAAUUCUCAUGUCUGGGCGUUUCUUAUGCGUGAUUUAAAAAUUUAUUUAAUUGACAAAAUUUUGAUGUUAUAUGACAGUUUUCAUAUACGUAAUAAAUGUACAAAAUAAUGAAAGAUUUUACUAGCAAAAAAAUUUUUUAAAUACGUGAUAUUAACAAACUUUUAGCAAUGUGUCUUUCGCGCGCGCGUAUCCAUUUCGAAUUAUCUAGUCGUAAUUGUGUUCGACAUAUUUCUGGCAGCGCGUUAUUCAUUUUAAAGCAAAUAUUAUAAGUAUUUUUUUAAAUGUAACAGAUUUUCUUAAUUUCGACGAGUAAAAUGUUUGAUGAUAACAGAAAAUCAAGAAAACAUAUGUGAGUCAUGUCACUAAUUUAUCUUAUCAUCAACACCAAUGCCAGAUACACUCAUUUUUAUUAAUGAACUAUUUGCGUACUAAUUACGUCGUGGCACAGUGCUUGUCUUAAGUGCUACAAGAAAUUAUAUAAUUACAAUAUUUAAAUAAUAUAUUGUAUAAAUUAUAAAAAAAGGACAUUGUAAUUUGUUGAAAUAAAAUUUAUGGCAAGUA